AUAGACUCCACCUUCGCAGUGUCUCAGUGCGUACGGCGUAACCACAGAUUGUCGGAAGCGAGAAGGGGUGCGUGAACACAGCUGACUUUCCAGGAUAGACCUUUGGAAGUAACAAAAAGGAGAGGUGUAACAUGCUGUUAAAUCCAGUAAUAUCCAAGCUGAGUAGCAAGCUUGUGGUUUUGGCAAGUGCAUCCCCAAGACGGCUGGAGAUUUUGACCAAUGCUGGUUUACGGUUCGAGGUUGUGCCCUCAUGGUUUAAAGAAACUUUGGACAAAUCCCUGUUUAAAGCCCCAUAUGAAUAUGCAGUGGAGACAGCUAAACAGAAGGCUUUGGAGGUGGCUCAGCGAAUGCCCUUAAAACACCUGAAAACUCCAGAUAUUGUUAUUGGAGCGGACACUGUAGUGACAGUUGAUGGUUUGAUCUUGGAGAAGCCCACAGAUAAACAAGAUGCUUACCGUAUGCUGUCCAGGUUGAGUGGGAAGGAACAUAGUGUCUUUACAGGUGUGGCUAUUAUGAUCUGCCAAGAGAAGAAUGGUUCAAACACUGAGUACAAAGUGGUCGAUUUUUAUGAAGAGACAAAAGUUAAGUUUUCAGACUUGUCUGAGGAGAUGCUGUGGGAAUACAUCAACAGUGGAGAGCCCAUGGAUAAGGCUGGUGGCUAUGGGAUCCAGGCAUUGGGAGGCAUGUUGGUGGAGUAUGUUCAGGGAGAUUUCCUUAACGUGGUGGGCUUCCCUCUAAAUCACUUCUGCAAGCAGCUGGGACUGCUUUUCAACAGCCCACCUGAGAGUCCUGCUCACAAAAUCAAACGGGAAGACUUGAGUGCAUCUGAUGGGUCUUGGACAGUGUUCAACAGCCUGUCAAAGUGUGUCGCAAAUGGGGAGGUUGAGCUGCAGGAAACCAGCAAUGGUAGGGAUGCCAGUCAGACAUCAAUGCGAGAACAGAAUGUAAUGGGGACGGAGUGUUCUACUUGUGACAGACAGGAUGUACCCCACAGUAUCAUGAACCUAAUAGAUGGAUUCAAAGCUUCAAAGACUUUAUUCACAGCAGCCAAACUGAAGGUGUUUGAUCUAUUGAACAGCUCUAAUGGUUUGACAUUGGAAGAGGUAGCCAGCCAAAUCAAUGCUUCUGUUUUCGGCACAGAAAGGCUUCUGGAUGCUGCUGUUUCCUUAGGGCUGCUAGAAAAGGUCAAACAGCAAGAUGCAGUGUACAGAAAUACGGAAGAGGCUAGGCGGUUUCUGGUAUCAGACAGUCCAUUGUCGCUGCAUGGAUACAUCCUCCACUGCAAUGAUAUGGUGUGGCCUCUCUUCAGUCAUUUAGAGAGUGCUGUCAGAGAGGGAACCAGUCAGCAUGAGCGGGCCUUUGGGAAGAUGAAUAAGGAUAUGUUUCAGGAUGUCUACUACAGUCAAGAUGACAUUAAGAUGCGAUUUAUGAAGGCAAUGCACAGCAUCGUGAAGGUGACCGGGAAAGAUGUGGCAAUGGCAUUUGAUCUUUCAUCCUUUAAAACAGCUUGUGACAUUGGAGGUUGCACUGGUGCAAUGGCAUACGAAUUAACAGAAGUCCAUCCUGGACUGUUGGUUACUGUAUUUGACUUGCCACGAGUCAUUGAGAUGAGACGGCACUUUCAAUCAAGAGCACACACUGACAGAGUGACAUUUGUUGCAGGAGAUUUCUUUAAAGAUGACCUACCUCAAGCGGACCUGUAUAUUCUUGCACGAAUUCUCCAUGACUGGUCAGAUGAGAAAGUUCAUGUACUUUUAAAUAAGGUGUCCCAAGUGUGCACACCAGGCUGUGGGCUUCUGGUAUCUGAGAUCCUCCUGGAUGAAGAGAGGAGAAGACCGAGCCGAGCUCUGUUCCAGGCUCUCAGCAUGACUGAAGGAAAGCAGAGGAGCGCCGGAGAAUACAGCGACUUACUGGAGAAGCACGGCUUCGCUACCCAGGACAUCAAAUACACAAACAACCUUCUGGAUGCCAUGCUCUUUAUCAAAGAAGACUCAAAUGACAAAAGAACAUUACUAGCUGGUUCUUCAGCAUCUAUUGAGACUGCAGAACUUGUGUGAUGUAAAUGUGUUGCACCUGAAACACUACGGCUCGUUUAUUAUAGCUCAUAACCGUCAAGAUGUUUUUAGCUAUGAAAAUUUCUAAAUCUCAAAAUGAUAAGCUAUAUAUAAUUAUUAUUCGUAAUCACAUGGUGGGUUUUAUUUGUACUGUUGAUGUCACAUUAAAAUAAAUAUAGUUUUGAAUUAA